UUUUCAUCCUUUUUCGCAUUUCGUCACCGAAUGGCGACGUUCCACCUUUUCACUCCCACACGGCUAACACUUUAGCUUCAUUGACCGUGAACCGAUGUUCAGCGCCGCUCAGAGGAAAAAGUCCACACAGCCCUGUUUAAGAUUUUGACAGUCCAGUAGGAGUACGCAGAACCCGAAUCAUUUCCGAACGUGCAAUGUUUCCCGAUGAAAAUGGAAUUCAUCUAUUCUUCUUCUUUUCCUUUGGGGUUGUCCCGCUAGGGGUCGCCACAGCGUGUCGUCUUUUGCCAUCUUCGGGUUAGAGCUCCUGCAUCUUCCUCUCUUAACACCCCAACUGGCCUCGUGUCUUCCCUCACCACAGCCAUCAACCUUCUCUUUGGUCUCGCUCCUUUCUACCAACAUACUCACUGUCUCGUCCCCAAAACAUCCAACUUUGGCUGCCCCUCCCUCUGAUGAGCUCCUUUCUAACCCUAUCCAACCUGCUCACUCCCAGCGACAACCUCAACAAUCUCCAGCUCUGCUUCCCGUUGUCUCUUCAGCGCCACCAUCUCUAAUCCAAUCUUUACAUCAUGGCCGGCCUCACCGCAGUUUUAUGGACUGUGCCCGUCUUCAUCCUGGCGUCACAUAGAACACCAGACACCUUGCGCCAAGUGUUCCACCCCGCUGGGACCCGUUCCUUCACUUCCUUACCACACUCUCCGUCGCUCCGGAUUGUCGGCCCCAAGUAUUUGAGUGCGUGCCUCCAUCUUUCUAAUUGUUCCUCCGCGUGCUCCCUGCUUCCUCUGCGUAAUCACAAUAUCAUCUGCGAACAUCACGGUCCAAGGGGAUUCCAGUCGAACCUCAUCUGUCAACAUGUCCAUUUGCACAGCAAACAGGACGGGGCUUAGCGCGGAUCCCUGAUGCACUCCGACCUUGCCCUGAAACCCAUCUGUCAAUUAGAGCGCGUUCUGCUGCCCUCCUACGUGUCCUGUACUAUUUGAAGGUAUGUGACCAUAUCAGCAGCAGCAGCAGCCAGCCAGCCAGCCAGCCAGCCAGCGGGCAGAGUAGGAAUUCAUCCAAGGACAAACGCAACAAACAUCUUGUGCCGAGAAUGAAUACGUGAAAAAGGGGGAGGACAUUGUACAUAUUGCGUGUUUCCACGCCCGCCGAAGGAAGUGGUGGAAAAUGUUGCGGCGCUCGGGUUCCGUGACAUGUCGGUCAUCUUCAUCUCGCUGCCACUCGAGCGCAUCUCAGCAGUUGUCCUCUCGUGUCCCGCAGGUGUCCGGCGGCCGGCGCUGAGCCUGGACCGGCUCCGCCCUGGGCGCCGGGAGCGAGAAGAGGAGGGCCCGGCGUCCCGCCGCGUCAAACAGGAAGAGGAAGAGGAAGAAGUGGGCAUCGGCCAGGAGGCAGGCAAGCGCCGAGGUCCGGACGCAGAGGAGGUCGACGUCUGUGACCUCCCCGUCAUUCGCGUGAUCGUGAAAAGUGAGGACGAAUGCAGCGAAAGUGAGGAGAAGGUUGAGACGGGCCACGCGCCAGUCGAGUCCUCGGAGGGGGCGUCGCCGGAUGGCGUCGCCGACGGCUUGAAGUGUUCCCGGCGCGACGAGGCCUUCGUCGACAAGUCCCACCUGAAGACCCACGUGAGAAGUCACGCGGGGGAAAAACUAUUCAGCUGCUCGCUUUGCGCCAAAAGCUUCACGCAAAAGGGCACGUUGACCGUCCACAUGAGGAGACACACCGGAGAGAAGCCGUUUCCGUGUCCGGCCUGCGACAUGACUUUUCGAGAUCGCUCCACCAUGAUCAAGCACACGCAGACGCACACGGGCGAGAAAUCCUUCGCUUGCUCGGUCUGCGGUCAAAGCUUCGCCAGAAAGAGCAACUUGAAGGAGCACGCCAAAACGCACAGCGGCGAGAAACCCUUCGCGUGUUCCGUCUGCGGCAAGGGCUUCGCUAAAAACAUUAAUUUGAAAGCUCACGUGCGGAUUCACACCGGAGAAAAACCUUUCUCGUGCUCGGUGUGCGAGAUGACGUUUCGCUUUCGGUCGUCGUUGAUUCCGCACAUGAGGACUCACACCGGCGACAACUUUACGUGCUCCUUCUGCAGUAAAAUCUUCUCCAGAAUGAUGAACCUGAUCGAACACACCAGAAUACACACGGGAGAGAAACCCUUUUCGUGUUCCGUGUGCGGCGCCACGUUUCGACUCCAGUCCACCAUCGCCAACCACAUGAAAACGCACAGCGGAGAGAAACCCUUUACCUGCUCUGUGUGCCGCUCGAGUUUUACGCUUCAAGCCACGAUGCUGAGACACAUGCGAACGCACACGGGCGAGAAACCGUUUGUCUGUCACGUCUGCGGGGAAAAAUUCUCUUACAAGUAUCAGCUCAACAAGCACAAAUGCGCCGGGGAGAGCAGCAGUCUUUUGAUUUGACUUUUUAGUCAAAGGCAAACCUCAUAUUUAUCGCGCGGAUGUCUCCAAAGUGUCGUGUCAAAUCAAAUACUGGCGUUUGAACUUGUUGUUUUCAGCUUCAUUGGCAGAAAUAAAUCUGUCCGGAUCGUC